AUGCAUUGGUCUGCCCGCCUCACUCUUCUUUUGGUCCUGUCAUUCGUGGCGGGAGCUGCUGCUACCUCCAAUCCAAGGGCAUAUACCAUCCAGUCUACCAGUUGCAGAGCUGUGGAUCGCGUCUUGAAUGAGGAGGUCAACAUUACCAUUGAUUAUGUGGAUGUCAACCCAACCGCAGAGAAGAGCAUCAUCAUGGUCCACGGCUGGCCCAGUCUUUGGAGCUCUUGGGGGUACCAGAUUGAAGAGUUCAAGGACGAGUAUCGCAUGAUAGCCAUCGACGUUCGUGGCUUCGGGGGUUCAACACACCCCGCUGAUGUACAGUCAUCCAGUACGUUGGCCGAUAUCACUGGCGAUCUCACUUGUGUCCUCGGACAUGUUGGGAUCCAAUCUGCCGUUUGUCUCGGUCAUGACUGGGGUGCUGAGGUUUGCUAUGAGGCUGCCCGGAGACGACCUGAUGUCUUCUAUGCCCUGGUUGGCGUGACUGUUCCGUAUAUGCACUCUGCCGGUCCCUUUGCGGACAGCGCUCAGCUCGCAGCAGUCAUGCCUAAGCUGGCGUACCAAGUUUUCUUCGAGAACCAUACGACAGAAGCCGUAGCAGAGCUGAACAAGGAUAUCAGGAGAAGCUUGCGCGCUACUUUGCGCACUGUCAACAGCACCCCUCCAGACAGCUUCCUCACAAGCGUCAAUACCUACCUCGGUGCAUAUGACAAUGUAACGGAGAUUCCUCCCAUUCCAUUCUUCACCUCGGACGACGAAGACUAUUUUGUCGAACGGUUCAGCAUACAGAAAUUUGACCAUACUCUCAUCUUCUACACUCGCGGAAACCGCUAUGGAACAUGGCAAUCUACUCAAGCGCAAGCGAAUUACACCAUUCCUCAGCCCGUCUUGUCUGUUUUGCCUCUAAACGAUCCUGUCGCAGACUGGGUGUUCGCCGCCAAGUACUUGAAAUCAGCGGCGUUCCUCCCACAACUGACGACCAAGACAAUGGAAGGUGCCCACUGGCCCCACCUCGAGCACCCCCAAGUGUUCAACGGCAUUCUCAGAGCAUGGUUAGAGACCUUGGAGUAUUCCCUUACGCCAGCCCAGCGAGUCUUCUCAGACGAGUUGUAA